GCGAGUUAAUUUAGUUUCAUAACCCAGUGACGGCGAAAAUAGAUUCCGAUCGGAAGAGAAAGAAAACGUCGAUUUCGGCGGCGGAGGAAAACCUAAACAAGAAAAAAGAAGCGAAAAUGUCUUCUUCAAACAGACACAGCGGCGAGGUUAGAGCUUCACACAUAUUGAUCAAACACGAAGGUUCUAGAAGAAAAGCUUCAUGGAAAGAUCCAGAAGGUUACGUCAUUAAGAACACUACUAGAGAAAGUGCCGUUGCUCAGCUUAAAGCAAUGAAAGAGGAUAUUGUUUCUGGUAAGGCGAUUUUCGAGGACAUUGCUUCUCGUUACUCCGAUUGCAGUUCUGCUAAACGCGGUGGCGAUCUUGGUUCUUUUGGCCGUGGCCAGAUGCAGAAGGCUUUUGAAGAUGCAACUUAUGCUCUUAAAGUUGGUGAAAUUAGUGACAUUGUGGAGACUGAUAGUGGCUCCCACAUAAUCAAGAGAACAAAUUGAUUAUUACAUGGAGUAAUCAUCCUUUUAGAGAGAACUACAAUAUUUAUAGAUGAUUCCUGGAUCGUUGUUCUUGUUCAGCUCAAAAUUUGUUGAUAUAUUGAUACUGAUAUAUUGUUGUUAUUUAUUUUGGAUGAUACCUUGUUUUAACAAGAAUUAAAAACCUGUAUCUCUGUGCUUGUAAUUUUGAAAGACAUUCAUGGGGUUUGUACUCUGUUGUCUUUGGCAGGAUCCGGUCUUGAAUUCCAUCACUACCAAGUUUAAA